CAUCCAGAACCUGAGGCCAAUACACUUCUCCACGCCAUAUAUAUACACAAACAUUACGGGCGCUAUUAUCAUCUCAAUAAUUUACAUUAACUCAACCGAAUCCGGUGAAGAAGGCGAUUAUGGAAGCCGCGAAAUCGUUGAAGGCGAACGGACAGAGGAUCGUGGUUGCUGUAGACGAGAGUGAAGAGAGUAUGUUCGCCUUGCAGUGGUGUCUCUCAAAUCUCACUUCUCCAGAUACCAAAAACACUCUGAUUCUCCUCUACGUCAAGCCGUCUCCGGCCAUUUCCAUUUCCUCCUUCGAUGCGCCGGGCUAUGUGUUUUCGAGCGAUGUGAUUUCGGCGAUGGAAAAGCAAGGCAAGGAUCUGGUUAGCGCGGUGAUGAAGAGAGCCGAAGCAGUAUAUGCUAAGUUUAAUACGAACGUAGAUUUGGAGAGAGUAGUAGGGAGGGGAGAUGCGAAGAACGUGAUAUGUCGUACUGUGGAGAAGCUUGGAGCCGAUACCUUGGUUAUGGGAUGCCAUGGUUAUGGUUUCUUCCAGAGGGCACUGCUUGGGAGCGUGAGUGAUUACUGUGCCAAAUAUGCGAAAUGUCCCGUUGUUAUUGUCAAGUAACCUUAGAAUUCCAAGCAAAGAAAUUAAAGCUCUUAAUUCUGAUGUAAUAUAGCUUCAUCAAAGUUUUAAGGAAAAUGAAGGAGAGCUUCAAUUUAUUUU